CAUUGUCAAAAAUGACAACAAUAUUCUAACCUAAAAUUUAUAAAAAAAAUUGAAUAUUCAUAUUUUUCAAAUAAUUUCUUGUAAAUAGAAAAGGAACUCAAAUACGUUAUGACUCAUAGUGCAAUACAGAAUAAUUUUGAUUUGCCAAAUGAAUUAUGCGUCAAACCAUUAGCUCUCAUAGGUGUAUCUGGCUUAGAUACUGUGAACAAUGCAAUUCACAAGGAUAUUUGGGAGGCCCUUACGGGAAACAGAAGGGUGGAAAGAGCUCCUAUAUUAUUCAAACUCAUAAGCAACUCCUAUGAAUUUCCUGUCAUCAAACCAAAAAGAAAUUCUUAUGAGUGGUACAUACCCAAGGGUAUACUAAAAAAAAAUUGGAUGAAUAAGCACUUAUACGAGAUACCUGCAGUGAUUGUGAUAUUUUAUGAAUUAGAUUGGAAAGAUUCACAAUGGAAUGAAAAGAUGAUCGAAUGUGCGUCUAGAGUGCAGUCAAUGAGAGCAGCGUUAGAAGGCAGAAAUACAAAAAUUUGUGUAGUAUUGAUACAGUGUAUUCCAACUCUGCCUACAGGGGAAGAUAUUCUGGCAUCAGAAAGAGCAGUUUCUCUUUGUGCAAGUUGCGAAUUAAAUUCCCAAUCAUUAUUUAUUUUACCUAUUGGUGAUCAUCUACAAGGAUAUAUAAUAAGAUUGGAAGGAGCAUUUUUCGAUUUUGCUCAGACUUACUACCAUAAUGAAGCAAAAAUAAUUCGUUCUCACAAAGAUCACCUCAAUAAAACAAAUCAUCAAUUUCUGUAUGUUAGGCACCAAUUCAAAAUGGCAUUUCUUUACGAGCUCAAACAGGAUAAUAUGACAGCUCACAAGCAUUAUUCUCUUGCUUACAACAAUUUACUAGAAAUAAGAAUCGUUGAUACUAAUGCCUUAGAAAUAAGAAUGAUAGCAGGUUUCAUCAGUUUCAAACUGUGCAAAUUACAAUUUGCCCUCAAUUUACCUAGAGAUGCAAUAUCUCAUUUCAAGAAUCAUAUAGAGCAUUUCAAACACCGUAUUGGUUUCCAGGAAUUGGCUUUUGAACAUUAUGCAUGGUUAUCUAAGCAAUUUCAGGUAUUUGGUGAUGUGUUCGAUGAAACUGUAAAAUUGGGACUUCCUCCUGUUCAAACACAGCACCCUGGCAUUUAUUAUCAACAAGCAGCUCAAUAUGCUAUAGUUCGUAAAAAUAUUAGUAGAGAGUUAUGUGCUAAUGUGACAAAUUACCCACAACCUGAUCCUCUGGAGAACUUUGCACAUAUGGAAUACUAUGGUCAAAGACCUUGGAGGCCAGGAAAGCUUACUCAAGAUGUACCUGAUCCACAAACUGAGCUGAAUGGUAUUCAUGCUCUCCAAUUUUUGGAAAAACAAAUUAACCAUUCAAAUAUCAUCAUAACUUUGUAUGGCUUAGCUAUUUCUCAAUUCAAGACAUAUAAGUGUCCUAGAACAAGGAAACAUCUUGUUCUGCAAAUGGCUGAUGAAUAUUACGAUUCUCAGGACUUCAGUAAAGCACUAACUUUACUAACUCAUAUGCUGUGGGAUUUCCGACUGGAGAAAUGGUGGCUGAUCAUGUCACAUGUGAUGAUUAAAGCUUUUAAAUGCGCAUUUUUGAUUGCUAGUGCACAGGACUACAUGCUUCUAGCACUAGAAUUGCUGGGAAAAUCUACUGAUAUCAGUUUGGAUUAUAAAAAAAGGAUUUAUGAGAAUUUCAAUAGGGUGCUGAAGAAAGAAAUACCAUUUGGUGAUCCUGACAUACCUCAUGAUUUGCUCCAAAAAGCUAUUAUAAAUUGGCAGCCAGUUUUCAAUACUUCUGAGUUCAACAUUGUAUUAGAUAUGGCAAACGUAACUAGCUGUUUAGAAACUAAGGCACGAUUCCUAAGAAAGCAUUAUGAAGUUGAUCAGAAAGUAUCUAUUGGAGUUUAUUUAAGGAACACAAGUCCGUUUACUUUAACACUACUUCAAGUAUCAGUGUGUGUCAAUACCUCCAUCAUUACAUCAGAAUAUACUGUUAAUACUAUGUCGAAAACUAUAGAAAUUGGAAGUAAUGAAGUAAAAAUGUUCGAAAUUGAAUUCUACCCUGAUCCAAGUGAUAUCUCGAAAGAUAUACAGAUUGGUAAUAUAAUAGUUCAAAUGGGAAAUCCUGGGUGUAAAUUAGAACUCAGAUUUGGAAGUCAUAAUGAAACUAACCAAGUCCAUCCUGAAUUGCUCCAUUUUAAACUCACAAAAGAAGCCCUAGACUUCGAUAAUAUAAGGCCACAGAUGACUGCUACAAUAGUGCCCAGAAGAUCAAAGCUGGAAAUAAACUUUGCUCAUAAACAACCCGCCUUAUUGGGCGAAUGGUAUGAGGUUUGCGUGCAUAUGGAUAAUAAGGAAAACAAUUCUAUAGGGAACCUGGAAGUAACUCUCUUCCUUAUUGGAGAAGAAAACCCCUCUUCAACUGACGUAACAAAUGAUGAGCAUGGGAUACCUCAAAAAACGCCACUGAGUUUAAAUGUUAAACAACACAUGGAACCUGGGGAGAAAACUACAUCGUUCUUCUAUUUGAGAGUCCACAAAGUUGGAGUGAAGAAUGUUCAGAUACAAUUAACAUACUUACUGAAUAGCAAUAACACUCCCGUUAUUAGCACAAACACCGAAUCCCUUCUUAUUUCUGUAGUCCAGCCUUUUGACAUUUCCACAACCUUUUUAUCGACUCUCAUGAUGGAUAUUGAUACUUUUUAUGUGGAUGAACAUUUUGGAAUAAUGCCUUCUAUAAGUAGUCUCUCGCCAUGGCCACUUCUUGUCGAAGAAACGUCUUUUGAGUUUAGUCCUAUGGUGAGAAGUGUUGAAGAUAACAUUUCAAGUCCUUUACAUGGAAUCCAGUUGAAUGAGGGUGAAGUAGGAACUGAAUUAUUUUUGGCUUCUUGUGACAGGCCUUCUGAGCAAAAUGUUAACUUGGGGCAAUACGUUAUCAAGUGGAAGAGAUCGGAUGGAAAACAUUCGGCCAUCAGUAAAAUAAUGAUUGUUGGAUGCCCUGUACAGAAAGUACCACUGAAAAUUGAGGUUGCUCUUCCAGCUCAUGGCACAGUGAGAACUCCUACAGUGGUGAAGUACACUUUGGAAAACAAAUCUAAUCAGUUGAUACAAUUGGAUGUAGCUAUAGAUUCAAGUGAUGGCUUUAUGUUUGCUGGAUUUAAGAAGUAUAUGAUAAGCAUUCUUCCACAUAGUAAACAAAUAGUGAAAUAUAAUCUGUAUCCUUUACAUGCGGGAAGUGUCGCUCUACCUAAAUUCAACCUAAAUCUGCCAGUCACGGGUUUGGUCUCUCCACUAUUGAGACAGGAUGAUUUGAUUGCCCUCAUUCAAAGAUCCUUACCUACUCAUCUGUUCAUUAUGCCAGAGCCAAAAGGGUCAGUUAAGCCACCAGACUGUGUUACUCCUCAAAAUAUUAGUGUUAGAUAGUAUGUUAUUUAUAUUCAAUUAUAUUUUUAUCUUUGAUAAUUGUUAUUGUAUUUUUAUGAAAUAAAUAUAAAAUCUAAAAUUUU